AUGGAACGUGCUGCCACCGUAGGAAAUUUCCGUAAGCUGUUUCAUCUCAUCCGGGUCACCGGUAGGAAAGCCUUAGGUGUCAGCGAAACAAUCUGCGAAGCUGAUGGUUCGCCAAUUCACAAUCAGCAACGACGUCUUGAACGCUGGGCAGAGCACUUCAAAGCACAGUUUAGCUGGUCACCCGCGCCAGCUUCUCACACAGCGAUUCCGGCACACGUCCCAUGGUUUGUCACAACAGACUCAUCUUCUGAGAAGGAAAUCCGCAAGGAGAUCCAAGCCUGGAGUCGUCACAAAGCGCCGGGCUCCGAUGGCCUUCCCCUGCUCUAUUUGAAGAUGGUGGAAUAA